AUGUACAAAGAAUUCUCCGGUCACCGACGAGUGUAUAUCCAUGAACUUCACAAAGAGUUUGGGCCUGUUGUCCGGUUAGGACCAAAUGAGGUCUCUUUCACGUCCGUGGAAGCUUUGAGAGAGAUAUACCAGAGCGGUGGAAGUGGAUAUGACAAGACCGAGUUUUACGAUUUAUUUAUCCAAUACGGUAUCAGGGCAACAUUCUCAACCCUGGAAAAGCAAGAACAUGAUCAGAGAAAGCGCUACAUCGCAGCAUCAUAUGCCAACACCAAUAUUAUGCAUCCAGACGUUAUCAGUGGCAUCCAGGAACGGGUCGAUGAGUUUAUAAGACAAUGCGAAGCCGCAAAUGGGCAGGCUAUAGACAUAUACGAUUAUUUGCACUGCUUUGCUAUGGAUUGCGCUACAUUCCAUCUCCUCCACCCCCACGGGACGAAAUCCAUCGAGGGAAGAGAUAUCGACUUGAUGAAAGAGUACUCAUACGGUGACAGUCUGCGAAUAAAACUUUGUCGAUACCGGUGGCCAACUCUAACAUACUGGAUCGAGAGGAUCUUUUACAGCGACUCUGCAUCAAAUAUCGGUGACUACGUCAUUACAGCGUGUUCACAGCCAGAUUCCGGAGACCACAGUCUGGCGCACACCCUCAAGAAUGACAAGGUGCCGCUCAAUCAACUUGAAGUUGCUGCAGAGUGCAUGAACCAUUUGGCCGCGGGUAUUGACACCACUGGUGAUGCGCUGUGCUUCUUGAUGUACCAACUGUCACUACCUGCAUGUCGCUCCAUUCAAAAUAAGCUGAUUACUGAGCUCAUGUCCCAUGCUAACAGACCACCUCAUGAAUUACGAUAUUUGGACGCCGUCGUCAAGGAAGGCUUGAGGUGCUUUCCGCCCAUUCCCAUGUCACAGCCACGCUAUGUCCCAUCGUCUGGACGCAUGAUCGACGGGUUCUUUAUCCCAGGUAGAACUAUUGUCAGUUGCCAGGCUUGGAGUUUACACCAGUUGAACCCUAAUAUCUUUGAGCGAGGAGACGAAUUCAUCCCCGAACGGUGGCUUGAGCCCAAUGUUAGUCCGAUAAUGAAUAGGCUAUUCUUUUCAUUUGGAGCCGGAAGUCGGUCAUGUACCGGUAGACAUCUCGCCACAGCCGAAAUGAAGUACCUCCUCUCUAAACUUUAUUCUCGCUACAGAACCAAGAUUGCUCCGGAAAUGGAGGCUAGUAUGGAGCUAUAUGACCAAUGCAUUUCUACGAGACCCAUCGAUCAGACUUGUUUAAUAAGGUUUGACCCUAUCUAA